AUUUGUGGAUGGCGCCACCAUCGAAACACUCGAUAAUCCUCCUCCACCCUCACUCCACCUCUGUGAGCUCAUUGACUAUUUGACAUAUGGCUGUACUUCAGGCACGACAGGCAUUCCCAAAUCGUAGGUGAUUCCUUUCUGCCCUCGGCAAAAUGCCAUCCGGAGCUGCGACAUAACGAGUGAAAUGAUGAGACUCUCAACUCACUCCCAUUUCAGAUAUAUUUCUGUCCACUCCGGCGCAGCAGCGGCCCGAUACUCUAUUGGAUCUCAGUACACAAGCAUCGGCCUGAAUCAGGCACCGUCUUUCGUGGUGACUUUGGUGCAUUUCGUGGUAGCAUUCAACGUCAAGGGCUCAGUUUGGUUUCCGACACCCUCUGCAAACAACGUCGAGAAAGCGAAGGGCGUUAUCAAAAUGCUAGAAGACGGGCUUCAUUUUUUGUAUAUGACUCCAUCGCUAAUGAAGCUGAUCAUCAACGUCGCGCUCUCUGUGAACCGAAAUACAACGUGGAAUCAUGCUAGGCGAAUUGUUCUUGGAUCCGAAAUUGUCCCCAUUCCGAUCCUGGCGAGCGCCAAAAAGCUUUGUCCCAAGGCUGAAAUCCAAGCCCUCUAUGGAUCCAGUGAGGCCGGAGUAAUUGGUGCAAUCUCGUAUUUCCGACUUCCACCCGAGAAUACCAAAGUCCCAGAAAAGUUGGUUUACAAGCUGAUGAAACCUGAUAUUCGUUGUCUCCUCUUUGACGAGGAAGGCAAUAUCGUCGACCAGAGUGUCUCCAAGGAAGGUGUCCUCGUCUUUGCCGUCGACAAGGACCAUCCCAUCAAGAACCACCCCAACUUUGUCAAUGCCGAUCCAAACAACAAGCUCGCCUCGUUCGGCUUCCUCGAGGAUGGCUCGCCCCGUGUCUGCACCAUGGACUGGGUCGAGAUGGUUGACGAGAAGCAGUUCACUGUGGUUGGAAGAUUCGACCAGAAGAUCAAGGUCAACGGCGUCUAUGUCGACCUCAACGCCCUCGAGGAGCUGGCGAACGAAAACAUGUCCAAGAUCAUCUCGGACUGUGCCUUCAUCCAGACUUCCGAGAAGAAGAUCGUGAUGCUCUUUGUCCGCAGAAGCGGCUCUGAGGUCAACCCCACUCCUGCCGAGCUUCUGCAGCUGACCGAGGACAUGUUUGCGCUGACAAACGUCGCCAAGUUCCCGAUCCACAACUGCUUCGAGCUCGACGAGUUCCCCUUCAACGACUCGGGCAAGCGCGACCUCAAGAAGCUCAGGCGCAUCGCCGAGAAUGUCGAUCAGUUCGGCAAGUCGGUCGAGUACCCUCGUUUGAAACUCGCCAACACUCCCCUGUCCCGCACUGCCGCCAAGAUCUCCACACUUGGCAGCCAGAUCAUCGACAACCCCGCCCUCGACGGCCGCAACUACUACAUCGGCGGCGUCGGCUUUGACUCGCUGAGUGUCGGUCGUCUGUCCCUCGCCAUCAAGGACGAGUUCAAUGUCGAGAUCUCGCCUCUGAUCUUGCUGUCGAACGGAAUGACACCGACUGAUGUCGCCCAGCUGGUUGUCGACAUCCUCGACGACAGACCGAUGAUUCCCCCGACCGUCCAUCUGGCUGCCGAAGCCGCCAAGCUCGACGAUGCGAGUGUGACGGCCGAGGGUCUCCCUCCGUUUGUCUAUCCCAAGGACCCUCGCGGCAUCGUCCUGACCGGUGCCACUGGCUUCCUCGGUGCCUUCCUGGGCUUUGAGCUGGCACACAAGUUCCCUCGGGCCAAGAUCUACUGCCUCGUGCGGGCCCCGACCGAGCAGGUGGCUGUCGAGCGCAUCAUCAACACGGCUCAGAAGCUGGUCCUCGAUCCGAGCCAGAGAGCCUUCCUUGACCACAGCCUCAAGUCUCGCCUCGUUGGACUGUGCGGCAACCUGUCGCAGGACAAGUGGGGACUCUCGGACGAGCGAUGGAAGCAGAUCAGCGAGGAGACCGACAUGAUUGUCCACAACGGCGCCGAGGUCCACUGGCUGUUUGACUAUGACAGACUCAGGGGACCCAACGUCCUCGGCACGGCAACAGCACUGAGAUUGGCCACAACCCACCACCUGAAGCCGCUGCACUACAUCUCGACCAUCGGCACGAUCCCGAUGGCCAAGAAGGCAGACAAACCGCUCGAGGAGACGAUCUACUCGGCCUGGAACAUCUCUGGCGGGUAUGGCCAGACCAAGUGGGUCUCUGAGCAGCUGGUCAACAAGGCACGAUCCAGGGGAGUGCCGGUGACGAUCAUUCGCCCAGCCGUCAUUGCUGGUGACAGCAAAUACGGAGUGUCCAACUCUGAUGACUACAUCUGGCGAUAUGUCAAGGGAUGCAUCCAGCUCGGUGUUGCUCCCUCGCACGCCACUCUCGUCACGAUGACCAUGGAUCCCGUCGACCAUGUCGCCAAGGUGGUUGCCGAGAUUGCCGGCUCGGAGGAGUCCCUGUCCAAGUUUGUGUUCCACAUCAGCGACUCGGAGCACAGUGUCCUCUCUGAGACCCGGCUGUUUGAGAUUGUCAGGAACCAUGGCUGGCCGAUCCUGUUCGAGACCCGCGAGCAGUUCAAAGAGGCAUUCCACUCCCAUCCCGCCGUCGAGAGCAACGCCCUGUUCCCGCUCAUGCACAUCAUGAUGGACAUGUCCUUCAAGAUCGACAACGCCAACACCCGCUCGAUCUACCCGACUCCCUGUCCCUCGCUGGAGGAGGUUGUCGAGAAGUGUCUCAACUAUCUGCACCACGUUCGCUUCUUGGGCGAUCCCCUGGACCCGUCUUCGCCCUUCAAGAUCAAGUAUCCCGAGACCAGCGUGGUCACCCGCACCGGAAGAAACUAGACCUCCUGCGAGAGGCUCCAGACUGCCUAAUGGAUUGUCAAACCAUUCUCUGUCUUUCACGCAUUCGCACCCCCUUGUAUUAGUGCCCCAAUGCCAAGUCCUAUUUUCUGAAUGAACUGAUGGGUUAGGAUAGGAUAUCCACGUUGAUUGUGCCGACCA